CUCAUCUCCCUUUCCUUGUUCCCGCUCCUUGGUGCUUCGAAACAUGGGGAAAAAGGCUGUCAAAUCUACGAGGAAGUUUGCUGCGAGCGGACAGCUGAAGAAAACCAUCCAGGCCCGUCGGAAGCACCGGGACAUCAAGAAAAAGGCGGAAAAGAGGCAAGCCACCAAGGGCAAGGGUAAACAAGUAGCCAAGGAUUCAGAUGUCAGUGAAGACAAAGAAGACGAGGCCGAAGGGCCUUCUGGAAAAUUCAACAAAAUGUCUGUGGAUGACUUCCUUGGCGGCGGCUUCAUGCAAGGAAGUAGUGAUGAUGACGAUGAGGUCAGCGGACAUGACGGCUUGGACGAGGAUGAGGACGAGGAUGAUGCUGGCUCGGUUGACGCGGACGACAAUGAGUCCUUCGCGGAUGUAGACGACCUUGAAGACGAAGGCGAGGCGCACCUUCUGGAGCUCUCAAAACUAGCCGAGAAGGAUCCCGAGUUCUACAAAUAUCUCCAAGAGAACGACCAGGAGCUGUUGAACUUCAAGCUUAACGGUGAGGUGGAAGAGGGCGAGGAAGAUGAAGACGUGAUGGAAGAAGACAGAACCCCUGUGCUCACUAAAGAGGUGCUUCAGCGAUGGCAGAAGGCAUUACUCGACCAUCGGUCCUUGAAGGCACUCAGGAAGCUGCUGAUUGCUUUCCGGUCGGCAGUACAUAUGAGCGAGGAGGAUCAAGUACUCUCUUGGAGGAUAGACAACUCAUCAGUCUAUAACAAGCUCGUCACGACCGCCCUCCGCUAUACACCAGUAGUGCUCGAGCACCAAUGCCCUUCACGGACGUUACCAAACGGCAAAUUCAAGGCUCCCACACAGACGAAAAAAUGGAAGACCUUGCAAAAGCUCAUCUUGUCUUACUUCCAUAACGUUCUACACCUCAUGAGCCAAAUCUCCGAUAAUGACAUGCUACGUCUGGCACUUAGCGAGACCGCAAAGCUAGUACCGUAUGUGACGAGCAGUCGAAAAACGGUGAAGCUCUACCUUAAGACUUGCCUAGACUACUGGGCGACCGCAGAAGAUAGCGUGCGGAUUUCCGCAUUCCUGUCCGUGCGGCGGCUCGCAGCGGUAACAGAUGAAUCGGUUUUGGAAAGUGUACUUAAGAGCACCUACCUGACAUUGGUCCGGUCAUGCAAGUCGACCAGUGCCCACACCCUUCCCUCGAUAAACCUCAUGAAGAAUUCGGCAAGCGAGCUCUUCUGCGCGGACCACGCCGCGUCCUACCAACAUGCGUUUGGAUAUAUUCGUCAGCUCGCUGUCCACUUGAGGAAUAGCAUGAAGACGAAAACGAAGGAGGCGUACAAGCAAGUGUACAAUUGGCAGUACGUCCACUGCAUCGACUUCUGGGCUAUUGUCAUUGCACGCGCGUGCGGGAAAGGGACGCUUUUGGAGCGCGGCGGGCAGGAGAGCGAGCUGCAGGCGCUCAUUUACCCUCUCGUGCAGGUUGCACUCGGAGCUGCCAGACUCAUCCGCAACGCACGCUCGUUCCCCUUCCACCUCCACGUCGUUCGCUCCAUUCUUCAUCUCACGAGGCAUACGCAUACAUACGUCCCCCUUGCUCCCUAUCUUCUACCAAUUCUUACAUCCACACUGUCCGCCUCGUCGAAACCGAAGGCGUCGACGCUACGCCCAUUCGAUAUCGAAACACACAUUCGUGCUCCUCAGCAGUAUCUCAAGACGCGCGUCUACAACGAAGGCCUCGCGGAGGAGAGUGCGUUCCUCCUCGCCGAGUACCUCGCAAGCCCACCCGUGCACGGAAGCAUUGGCUUCCCUGAAGUGACUAUACCCAUCGUCCUGCUCCUUCGAAAGUCCAUCAAAGGUUCCAAGAACGCCCUGGGCAAGGGUUCGAAGUCUAAAGAGGCCGGACUCGCAAAGACCCUCGUGGAGCGCGUGGAAGAGAGCGCGAAGUGGAUUGAGCAGAGGCGUAAAGGCGUGCUCUUCGCUCCUGGUAAGCUCGGCGAGGUUGAGCGAUGGGAGGACGACCUGAGAGGGAAGGUCGACGACACGCCCCUGGGGCGGUACGUAAAAGUGCAGCGUAAGGCUAGAGAGAAGCGCAGGAAGCUUGUCGAGAAGGCACGGGAAGGUGAAGACGAGAUCCUGGAUGACUGAACUCCGACGUUCUCUGCGUCCACGAUUGUGUGAAGCUUCCAUUGGGGUCGUUUCGGCAUCCCCUCACCUGACGAGCUGAAGCUCUCUGUGGAUGCCUAGAUAGCCAUUCCAUUCGGUUCGAGUUCGUACCCAGAUGCAUUCCCUCGCAGUUGGUGGCAGCAACCUCUCUCUCUUCGGACUAGGGCGUGUGUUACGUCUACGGAGGGCCACGGCUCCGCUUUGUACUCACAGUGCCUUCUGACGCCGUGGCGUAGCACAUUCACGGACGAAUGCGCUCC